AUGCCCACCCCUCACGAACCCACUGCCUCCGUCGAUGAAGUCCCACAACGAGUCACGGACUCCUUCCUACGCAAAUCUAGAAUCCGAUCUCUUCUCGAGCUCACGCGCCUCGACGACGAUGUAUGUCGGCAGAAUUACGCCGGUAGCGGCACAGUCGACGACCCCUACAUUGUCGAUUACUUGCGCGACGACCUCCAAGACGCCUUGAAUUUCUCCAAGGGACGGAAAUGGGCCAUUGCCAUUUCCCAAUCCCUUUGCACCUUUGCGGUGACCUUUGCCAGCUCGGUGUACGUCAGCGGCAUCGCGGGCGUCAUGCAGCGCUUUCACGUGUCUGAGGAGGUGGCCACACUGGGCUUGUCGCUCUUCGUGUUGGGGUUCGCUUUGGGACCAUUGAUCUGGGCGCCUCUGUCGGAGGUGUACGGGCGCAAGACUAUCUUUGUGAUUUCGUACACGGCGUACACGGCGUUUAGCGUGGCGGCGGCAUGCGCGCCGAGCAUCACAGCCUUGCUGGUUCUUCGCUUCUUUGCGAGCGCUUUUGGUUCAUCGUCGAUGACGAAUACUGGGGGCGUUAUUGCGGACAUGUUCAGCAAGGCGGAGCGCGGACUCGCCACGGGAUUGUUCGUCACGGCGCCCUUUCUGGGGCCUGCCCUUGGUCCCAUUGCAGGUGAUUUUCUUGACGAGACCCAGGGCUGGCGCUGGAUUCUUGGAUUGAUUGCCAUACUGGGUGGUGUGAUCUGGAUUGCCACAAUGCUUGCCACCCGCGAAACAUACGCGCCGUUCAUUCUGCGAUGUCGAGCCAAGUCCCUCUCUCGGAUGAUGGGGAAAGUAUAUGUAUCCCGGCUCGAUGCGGCGCAGACGCCCAAAACACUCUCGCAGGAGCUCUUGGUCUCUUUCACGCGCCCCUUGAUCCUUCUGUUCCGCGAACCCAUUGUGUUGCUGACGUCAAUGUACAUCUCUAUCGUCUACGGCACACUGUACAUGUUCUUUGCUGGGAUUCCCAUCGUCUUCCAAGAUGCCCGAGGCUGGAGCCAGGGCACCGCCGGACUUCUGUUUGUCGGCGUCGCUAUUGGCGUCUGUCUUGCCACGCUUGCGGCCGGAGUGGACAACAAGCGCUACGUGCGCCUGUGCGCUGCAGUCGAGGCAGAGGGGUGCGCAGUCGAACCAGAAGCCAGACUAAGCACCGCCAUGGCAGGCUCUAUUGUCCUUCCGAUUGGUCUCUUCCUGUUUGCGUGGACGACGUAUCCGUCGGUGCAUUGGAUCGCGCCCAUUAUUGGCGCCACACUGUUUUCAUGCGGUCUUGUCAUGGUCUUCAUCUCGCUGAUGAGCUAUUUGGUCGACUCUUAUGUCGUCUAUGCUGCCUCUGUGCUAGCGGCCAACUCAGUGCUUCGAUCCUUGUUUGGCACCGCAUUUCCGCUGUUUACGACCCAAAUGUACGAGAAUCUCGGAAAUCAAUGGGCGAGCUCCAUUCCUGCAUUCCUGGUGCUUGGAUGCCUGCCUUUCCCGUUUCUAUUCCACAAAUACGGUCCGCAAAUACGCUCCAGAUGUAAGUAUGCUUCCGAGGCGGCAAAGGUACUGGAAAUGAUGCGUCGUCGGCACGUUCUCGUCACCAGGGUCGAGCAAAAUGAGCAAGGGAAGGAAGCUGAAUAGGUUGAUUCAGCAGAGGCUGGUCCUGACAGUACUAUCAGCGCUCCGCGAUACGUAAUAGGCCGUGCGGGUUUCAAAGAUAGACGGAAACUAUGUGAAAUACAGAUUUAAUAUCAUGGUAUAUAAUGGACACUGCCUCAGAUAAUGCA